UUCAUCCCACUGUCCAGUAGCCGGGCUCGAUCAACCGCGAACAGUCACGAUGGCUCGAAUUCACAAGCUUAUUCUCACCCUCUGUGCAGUCAUCCCCAUAGUAAUCGGGCAGUGUACUUUACAGAGAGCAGAAGUCCUCUUCAGAAGAUCAGUAUACGAGUUCUCCGUGGAUCUAGUCAGAAGAAUCGCCGAGGACAAUGAAGGCCAUUUUAUUGCCUCAACUCUAUCACCCUGGACUCUCCUAUCAGCAGUAUCCUUAGGAGCAGCAGACGACACCCUCUCCCAAAUCCAGCAAGUCUUAAAACACCACCGCCACAAAUGCUUCAACAACAAAUACUUGGAACUGGCAAAGCAAAUCGCCUCUUCAAGCAAUGGGGCUACCCUUGAGCACAGUUCCAAUCUCUUCAUGGACCACUCAAUGAUACUCAAAGAAAGGUUCAGAAAUCAACUGACCAAAACCGGCGUUUGUGACAUAACUCCUUUAUCUUUCGACGACUUCAACAGGGCGGCUGGCAUCAUAAAUAAUUACGUAAAAGAAACCACGCAUGGUGUUAUCGACGAAAUUAUAUCACCCAGUGAUUUGGAAGGAGUGUAUUUGAUUAUGGUAGAUGCGUUGUACUUUAAAGGUUCGUGGCGUAAGGCUUUCUUGCCUGAAGAAACAGAAGCGAGUACCUUCUACGAUGCUCAUAGGAAUCCUAUCGGAGAAGUGAAUUUGAUGUUCGCUAACAACGAAUUCAACAUUACUACGAUUGACGCGAUCGAAGCUACAGUCUUGGAGCUGCCGUAUGGACAUGACGACAGGUUUUCUAUGUUGCUAUUCUUGCCGAACGAUGAUGUGCCCCUUAUAAACGUGAUUGGGGACUUGAAAAAGAUCAGCCUUGGUUCCAUAUUCGGACUGUUCCAAAGGGAGGGAGGGCCGAAGAAGGUGUUUGUUCAGAUUCCGCGGUUCAAGAUUACGAGUGAUUUGGAUAAUUUGAAGGAGCUUUUAAUUGAUAUGGGAUUGAGGGAUAUGUUUGACGCUAACAGGGCGAGAUUCCCUGAGAUUUCGGAUUACCAGCUGCAUGUUUCUAGCUUCAUUCAAAAGGCAGAUGUGGAGGUGACAGAGGAAGGGACGGUGGCUGCAGCAGUGACAGAGAUGGGUUUCUCUUUCAGGAGUUCAGUCCAGGCUGAGAACUUUUUGGCAAACAAACCCUUCUUCUUCAUGAUUGUGGAUAGUUCCCCUUGUGACCCCGUCGCAGUUAUCUCCGCAAGAUAUCGCCUGACAAUUUUAUUUUCAUCCCACUGUCCAGUAGCCGGGCUCGAUCAACCGCGAACAGUCACGAUGGCUCGAAUUCACAAGCUUAUUCUCACCCUCUGUGCAGUCAUCCCCAUAGUAAUCGGGCAGUGUACUUUACAGAGAGCAGAAGUCCUCUUCAGAAGAUCAGUAUACGAGUUCUCCGUGGAUCUAGUCAGAAGAAUCGCCGAGGACAAUGAAGGCCAUUUUAUUGCCUCAACUCUAUCACCCUGGACUCUCCUAUCAGCAGUAUCCUUAGGAGCAGCAGACGACACCCUCUCCCAAAUCCAGCAAGUCUUAAAACACCACCGCCACAAAUGCUUCAACAACAAAUACUUGGAACUGGCAAAGCAAAUCGCCUCCUCAAGCAAUGGGGCUACCCUUGAGCACAGUUCCAAUCUCUUCAUGGACCACUCAAUGAUACUCAAAGAAAGGUUCAGAAAUCAACUGACCAAAACCGGCGUUUGUGACAUAACUCCUUUAUCUUUCGACGACUUCAACAGGGCGGCUGGCAUCAUAAAUAAUUACGUAAAAGAAACCACGCAUGGUGUUAUCGACGAAAUUAUAUCACCCAGUGAUUUGGAAGGAGUGUAUUUGAUUAUGGUAGAUGCGUUGUACUUUAAAGGUUCGUGGCGUAAGGCUUUCUUGCCUGAAGAAACAGAAGCGAGUACCUUCUACGAUGCUCAUAGGAAUCCUAUCGGAGAAGUGAAUUUGAUGUUCGCUAACAACGAAUUCAACAUUACUACGAUUGACGCGAUCGAAGCUACAGUCUUGGAGCUGCCGUAUGGACAUGACGACAGGUUUUCUAUGUUGCUAUUCUUGCCGAACGAUGAUGUGCCCCUUAUAAACGUGAUUGGGGCCUUGAAAAAGAUCAGCCUAGGUUCCAUAUUUGGACUGUUCCAAAGGGAGGGAGGGCCGAAGAAGGUGUUUGUUCAGAUUCCGCGGUUCAAGAUUACGAGUGACUUGGAUAAUUUGAAGGAGCUUUUAAUUGAUAUGGGAUUGAGGGAUAUGUUUGACGCUAACAGGGCGAAAUUCCCUGAGAUUUCGGAUUACCAGCUGCAUGUUUCUAGCUUCAUUCAAAAGGCAGAUGUGGAGGUGACAGAGGAAGGGACGGUGGCUGCAGCAGUGACAGAGAUGGGUUUCUCUUUCAGGAGUUCAGUCCAGGCUGAGAACUUUUUGGCAAACAAACCCUUCUUCUUCAUGAUUGUGGAUAGGAAAACUGAAGUGCCAGUCUUCAGUGGAGCCUACUCCAAGCCCAAACUGUUUUAGUCGAUUUUGUAAGUGAAUUACAG